AUGGAGACUCAAAUUCUGGAGAACUUUUUAACGGAUCGACAUGACGUUACGGUUAUUGAAACCAGUGUCGAGAUUCCUAUAGUUUCACCCUUCUGUCUCCGUAAUCCGAUGGUGCUCCUGAAGACCUUCACCCUCCAUCACUUCCAGCAUUUGGUAGAACAGUCUCAAGCACAGAUCAAAGACCAACUUGACUAUCCAAUGAACGAAUGCUUCGUCGCUGCUGGUCGAAUGGAAAAGCUUGCCGUACAGUUCGUUCCCUACCUCUCGCGGUACAAUCCAAGGGCGAAGAUACUGCUCAUCACGCACGAGAUGGCAGAUACGGAGCUAGUUCAACUAUUCCACGAUGCCUGGUACCGGUACCGAUUGUUACAGCUAAUAGUGCUGAACCACCGCGAUAAUGAUACCAUAGAUAGUUGUGUAUUUAACCCCUUUAUAAAAGCUGCGUUUGCACGUGGCUCGAUAGACUUCGAGCAGCCAACGGUUCGCUCCGAUUUGGACUGCACUCUGCUAACGCACGAACUCGAAGUAUUGCCCUAUGGCUGGCAGCUGAAGGAGUUCGUGAAAAACCGGGUCCGUAAUCUGAAUGGAUAUCCGGUAUCCAUCGCGAUGCACAUCAGUAAUGGGUCCUCGUCAGCCUACGACUGUAUCCUCGGAGCGGUAAGCAUUACCGAUAUUGACCAGGAGGUGCUGUCGACUUUGCAGACCAAGAUGAACUUUAGCAUGGUGCUGCAUAACAACGAGCUGGAGCUUUCAAUCGGAUACAUUCACAAGAACGGAACUCCCGUCGGAGCACUCGGUCUCAUCGAACACAAUCUGAUCGAUCUCGCAGCCAAUUCACGCAUCAUGUACAAGUACGAUACCCGCAAUCUACUCUACCUGAACUACAUUUCGACGGAGAAGCUGGUUUUUCUCACGCCUCGCAACUAUUACAGCAAUCGCGACAAGAUGCUCGUCUUUAUCAAUCCGUUCAGUGUGGCCUACAUGCUAAUCAACAUAGUGCUAUCAUUCGGUGUCCCCAUGAUCAUCUGUCUGCUCGAUUACCUGUACUAUCGGUUGGCUUUGCCGCGAAACACACAAAAGAACACCUACGGUGCGAAGGUAAUGAGCCUUCUGGGUAUAAUUUUAAAUCUAUCAGUCCGCUUACCCCGUGCACCGCAUAAACGCUGGAUAAUCGUAGGUAUUCUGCUCUACAACAUCGUAUCAUAUCCGAUCUGGCAAGCCGUUACAAUACGCUACCUUCACCCAAGCAACCAGCUGGUGAACAACAUCAACAGCCUGGAACAGUUGCUUGCGACCGAGCUGAAGCUGAAGGUGUCGCACUACCAUGAGCUCAUUGUGCGCAGCGAAGGCUCCCAGUUGCACAACCCACUGUACGCCCAGCUGUCCGAUAGGUUAACGACGGAAAACACAUCCUCGUUGCGGGAUGCUAUCGAGAAUAUCAUCAUCGAUCAGGACUCGGCACUGCUCAUCUCGGACGCGUACGUACCGCUCGUGCUGGCGGGCAAUUAUCAUUGGGUUCCGGGCAAGCCGGACGCAAUCUGGCCCAUUGCGAAACCCAUCUACGAGUUCUACAAAUCGAUGGCCGUCCCAAAGACGUCUCCUUUCAUCGAUACGUUUAAUUCAAUAGUGGUGUCCUGUCUCGAGGCGGGCAUGAACGAUCGCUUCAUGCAUCAGCUCGAAUCGGUCGUUCAGCUGAUGAAGAUGAAGCGUACCAAGGAACAUCCGAUCGAGCGGGAUUAUAUAGUCUUCACAAUGGCCCAUUUGUCACCUUUGUUUGUGUUUUACUUCUCGAUGCUAGCACUGUCCGGAUGCAUUUUCUUGCUUGAGCUAAUCGUACAUCGUAUCCAGAAGGCACGAGUCCGACCCCAGCCCUUAAUCGCUACGGUUGAAACUGAGUACGUUCCGUUUGAAUUUGUUCUAUAG